GAAGAAGAGCAGCGGCCCGGCAGGGAGGGGGCGGGUGUGGUUCUCUCUCUCUCUCUUUCUCUCUCCUCUCCUGUCAGGGCCGCGUCCCAACAUGGCAGCGGAGGGCAAGGCGGUCCUGACGGUCUUCGUCUACGACCGCCGCCGAGACACUUCGGACGAGGGCGAGAAAGUUCUUCGCUGUCCUGAGGGAGACUAUGGGCGCCUCCGGGACGCCGCCUGUCAGGUGUUUGGCAUUUCUUCUGAAGAAACUUUUAUAAUCACAACUACUAACAGAAAAGAGAUCACAGUCGAAAAUUUUGGUGAAAUUGUUAAGGACAAGAUGACUUGUUACUUGCUUCACUCCAUUGAUCAGUUGCUUCCCUCAGCAGCAAAGGAACGUAUUGAUUUCAUACCACAUUACGAUACACUUGUAAAAAGUGGAAUAUAUGAAUAUUAUGCUAGUGAAGGACAAAAUCCUCUGCCAUUUGCUCUUGCAGAAUUAAUUGAUAACUCAUUAUCAGCAACUUCUCAAAAUACGGGCGUACGGAGUAUACAGUUAAAGCUGUUGUUUGACGACACUCAAGGAAAACCAGCUGUCGUUGUGAUUGAUAAUGGAAGAGGCAUGACUUCUAAACAACUUAAUAAUUGGGCUGUGUAUCGAUUGUCAAAGUUUACACGACAAGGCGAUAUGGAAAGUGAUCAUUCAGCCUAUGUACGACCUCCAGCAGUACAUCGCAGUUUAAACAGUGAUAUAUCAUAUUUUGGGGUUGGUGGUAAACAAGCAGUGUUUUUUAUUGGACAAUCUGCUAGAAUGAUAAGCAAACCGGCAGAUUCUCAGGAUGUUCAUGAGCUUGUUCUUUCUAAAGAAGAUUUUGAAAAGAAAGAGAAAAACAAAGAAUCUGUGUACAGCAGCUACAUUAGAAACAGAAAGCUAUGUGACUCUUCCCACAUUGUUACUGAUGAUGAAAGAUUUCUGCACAAUCUUAUAAUAGAAGAAGAAGAUAAAAAAUGUUUCACUACAGUAGUUAUUACUGGUGUUCAGCCAGAUCAUGUGCACUACUUAAAAAAUAAUUUUCAUCUUUGGAUAAGGCAAUUGGCACACAUAUAUCAUUACUAUAUCCAUGGUUCAAAGGGAAAUGAAACAAAUUUGCCAAAAAAAGAAGGAAGACCUUUUAGUAAUAUCAACAUUGAGAUUUCAAUGUUUGAAAAAGGGAAGAUACCCAAGAUUAUGAACCUUAGAGAAAUCAAAGAUGACAUGCAGACUUUGUAUAUAAACACUGCAGCAGAUAGUUUUGAGUUCAAGGCUAACGUUGAAGGAGAUGGUAUAGUAGAAGGCAUUAUACGUUAUCAUCCUUUCUUGUACGAAAAAGAAACCUACCCUGAAGACCCUUGCUUUCCUUCAAGAAUAAAAGAUGAUGAUGAAGAAGAAGAUGAUGAUGAUGAAGCAGACUGUUUUGCCGUGGAAAGGAGAGCUAGAGGGAAAAGACCUAUUUUUGAAUGUUUUUGGAAUGGAAGACUAAUCCCAUAUACAACUGUGGAAGAAUUUGAGUGGUGUGCUGUUCCCAAGAAAAGAGGACCUACACCCAUUGAAUGUUACAAGAGAAUUUCUGGUGUAUUAUUUACAAAUGACAAAUUUCAAGUCAGCACCAAUAAACUGACUUUCAUGGAUUUGGAGAUAAGGUUGAAAGACAAAAAUACAAUUUUUACAAGAAUUGUCAAUGGACAGGCACAGAGAAUGAAAAUUGACAGAGAAUUUGCAUUAUGGCUCAAAGAGUGCCAUGAAAAGUAUGACAAACAGAUAAAAUUUUCUCACUUCAAAGAACUAAUUACACGCCCUGAAGUGACUUCCAAAAGAAUGCAGCGUCCCUGGGCUACAUAUUCAGCGAUCGAGUGGGAUGGAAAAACAUAUAAAGUUGAACAGCUAGUAAAAUCAAUUAAAACAGCUCCAAUAUACCAUGGAAGUAUACAAAACUUUUUUCUGUAUGGAGAUCAUGAUGGAGAUGUAUAUGCUCCAGGAGGAUUUGUUCAAUUAGCUUUGGAACCACAAGCACUAUAUGAUGAAAUAAAGGUUAUUCCAAUACACAAACUUGAUCGUUCAGCAUCUGACACAGCACUGAAAAAAUACAUUGAAGAAGAAAUGGCCAGACUUCCUGAUAGGUUGUCAGUCACAUGGCCUGAAGGAGAUGAAUUGUUACCAGAUGAAACAAAACUUGCUGGGGCAACUAUAGGUGCAUUAAAAGUUGAAAUUUUGAAUAAAAAAGGAGAGCCCAUGCAAAAACUUCCAGGUUCAAGACACGGAGGAUCGAAGAAAUUGCUUGUGGAACUGAAGGUUAUUUUGCAUUCUCCUACUGGAAAUAAGGAAAUUAUUUCUCAUAUUAGUCAACAUGGAAAUAAAUGGCCUUUCUGGUUCAAAAAAAUGGAAAAUAUUAACAAACUUGGGGCCUACACACUGAAACUUCAAGUAGUGUUGAACGAAAGCAAUGCAGAUAUUUACGCAGGACGAUCUCUUCCAUCUAAAACUUUUAAAUUUACUAUCAUAGAGGGUAAGCCUCAGAAGUUUUCAAUAGGUCUUCUGGAUCCUCCAUUUAGAGUUGGGCUUCCAUUCAACAUUCCUCUAGAUGUCCAGGAUGAAUUUGGUCAUUCGACGUAUCUGAGAGAAGAUAUUGUCCCUAACCUAGAGGCCAGUGGUUUAACAUUACACUAUGAAGAAGUAAAAAGAGGACCAAACUGUGCCAUUAAAGGAAUAACAGCUAGCGGCCUUGUAAACAGUUUGCAGGGCAAGAACUUUUCUUUGAAGAUCACUCUUCCAGGUCUGAAGGAAGAAUCCCAGGUUUUGAAAAUUAAACUUCUUCCAGGUCCCCCUUGUAAAUUAGAAGUCCAACCAAAUUCUGACAUCUUGAAAACUGAGAAUGGAGCAGCAUUUCCUUUUCAUGUUAAAGUGCUGGAUAAAGCAGGAAACCUAACCGCACAGCCCAAACUAAUUGUCCAUUGCAAGUUUUCAGGAGCUCCAGAUCUUCCUGUAUAUACUGUGGACUGCAGCAGUACUGGUUCGAAUAUCUUAACUGGGAAUGUUCUGCAUGUACAAAAUAUAAAGAAGGAGCAGAUCAUUAAUGCAAAGAUUGAAAUACCAAGUUGUAAAAAUGUGCUGCCACUGGAGAAGACAAUUGAAAUACUUCCCAGCAGUCGUGUUGCAAAACUACAGAUAUUUAGUGUCGAGGGAGAAAUAGCAAUUCAUAUUAAGGACCAGGAUGAAAUUAAACAGAUUGCAGGUCAUGUGAUGCAAAAUCUUAUUUUCCGAAUGUAUGAUGAAGGGGAAAGAGAGAUUAUAAUAACUCAAAAUUUGGCUGAAAAGAUUAAGGUAAACUGGACUCCAACAAUUAAUCGAGAACAAUUACUUAAUGGUUUCUUACCUGAUGUGAAAGUGCCAAUGUCUGUAAAAGAGCCGCACUAUUACCAGGUGACAUUCCAUGAUGAACAUGUAUCACUGGGAAGUGGUUUUACGGUCAGACCACAUGCUGAUGAACCAAAGCAUAUAAAAUGCACAAUCAAAGGCUCAGAUAAAUUACAAAUGUGUGAAACAUUACAAGGUCAAAUAGAGGUAAUGAUUACAGAUCAGCAUGGAAAUCACGUUCAAAACCUGACAUCAUCUUGUGUUACUUCAUUGGGAAUUUCUGGGAAUGAUCUGGAUAAGUCAGAUCUGAAAACAAUUUGGCAGGAAGAUGCCCAAACUAUUUGUGUCACGGGUAUCAGAUUUCAGAUAUGUCCACCUGGAAUCAAAGAACUGUGCUUUGCUUGGCAUAAAUUUUCUCAUUUUGUGAGAUUAAAUUUGGUGGCAGGACCUCCAGCUAAAUUGCUGCUUAUAGAUUGGACAGACUUAGAAGAGCCUGUGUCAGUGAUUAAUGGCAAAGAACUACACAAACCUUUUAUACUGCAAGUCUGUGAUCAUUGGAAUAACCCAUCUUCUGAACCUAAUGUCAAAAUCAACCUUUUAAAAGCUUCCAGUGUAAAGAUUACACCUUCAAACCUGCUUCUUAAAACAGACGAAAAUGGUAGAGCAAAUUUUGGAACUGUUACUAUUCAUGCCCCAAGAGGAGAGCAUGUGUUGCAGUUUAAAGCCUUGUAUAAUAGAAACACAUUGAACUGCCCUGUAAUUAAAUUAAAUGUUCUGCCUGAUCCUGAGAAACCUAUAUGUUUGAAUGUCAAGUAUGACAAGGAUGCUACCUUUACAGCUGGAAGUACCUUUCCUGAUUUCAUUGUUAGUAUUAUUUCUGAAGCUAACAACAUUAUUGUAAAUAUAAAUCCAGGAAGAAUUUGCAUGAAAAUGUGGGAAGGACAAAGUAGUGCAACUUUAUCGCAAAAUAUUACAACAUUUGGCUGCUCCCAAAAAAAAGAUGUCAAGGACGAAGGCUUUUUCUACUUCAGGGACAAAAUUGUUCCAGAAAAAGCGGGCACAUACAGCAUCCAGUUUUUGUUUGCCAUCGACAAAGCAAAUACUCUUAACAGUGAACAGAUUCUAAUUGAAGUGGUGCCUAAUGAACCAACACAGCUGAUCCCAAGAAAUUUGCCAAAUACUCCUGCUGUUACUAAUGUUUGGGCUGUUGGCAGUCGGACUCUUGUCAAGGACUUGACCCUCAUUAUGAUGGAUGAGUACAAAAACUGCACCGGUAAUGAUUUAGAUGGAAAAAUCAUAGCUAAAAUUAAAAGUUCAAUUGAGAAUGAUACAGACAUUCCCAUGUUCCAAGGAAAAACAAAUACAGUUGAAUUUCCUCUUCACAGAGGGAUUGUUGAAAUUGAGGCUCUUGUACUUGCAGAAAAUAGUCCAGGGAGAGACAGUACGAAAUAUAUUCUGGAAUUUGAGCCAGCAAUACCAACUUUGAAAAGACGUUUGAAACCUUACUGUCUCUCUUUUUUGUUUUACGAUGGUUACAAAAAGCAACAGCAGAUGGCAACACUUACUAAAAGGAGGGACGAACUAUCUCAGUCAAUAAAUGCAUAUAGAAGUUUGUUUGACACCACUAAUCAGCUUCUCGGUGAACUAAAGAGUCAAAUCCUGGAAACGGAAAAAAAGGAGGCUCAGCUGAAGAACAAUCUGAAAAGAUGUCAGAUUGACAUACCUCAAAUGAAUGCUCUGCAAUAUGUUGAUUCUUUAACAAUGCAGAAAAGGUCUGAGCAGGAAAGAAUAAUGAAAAUACCUAGAAGAAUGUGCGCAAUUAGCAAUUAUCCCAGAAGUAGUCAAGAUGUGUUGGGCAAGAUUUCACACUUGGCGCAGAUUGAAGAUAAUGAAGUGGCAAAGGUCAUCUCUUGGCAUCUGGCGAGUGAUAUGGACUGUGUCGUCACUCUCACUACUUCUGCUGCCCGCCGUAUCUUUGAUGAAACCCAAGGCCGGCAGCAAGUAUUGCCACUUGAUUCUAUUUAUAAGAAAAGUCUGCCAGACUGGAACAGGCCUUUACCUCACCUACGAAAUGGAAAAAACUGUUUCAGGCCUAUGGGAAGACCUGUAUUUGCCAGGAACUUGCUAACAUUUCCAGAACACACAGAGAACUGCCAGACAGUGUUUGGGAUGCUCUUAGGAGAUACCAUCAUUAUUGACAAUCUGGAUGCUGCAAAUCAUUAUAGAACAGAGGUUGUGAAAAUUUCACAUUGCCCAACUUUACUGACAAGAGAGGGAGACAGAAUUCGCAGCAAUGGCAAGUUUGGAGGCCUUCAAAAUAAAGCCCCUCCCAUGGAUAAACUUCGAGGGAUGGUUUUUGGAGAACCACUCCCACAACGUUACAAUACUCUCUCUGAGCAUAUAGAUCUCCUUCAGCAAUACCGUACAUCUAUUUUGAGACUUCAUAAAGUAAAAACAGAACUUGAAAAUCAAGAAAAAACCAUGAAUACUCCAGAAAUGCAAAGAAAGAAAGAACAGCUUGCUGAUCAAGAGAAGAAGCUCAAGUCAAUAGAGCAGGAAUUAGGUAUGACUUCAUCAGCUCAGUGCACCACAUCAUCGCUUCCCCCAGAAGAAAAUGAUGCAACGGACAGUCCAAGUCCACCAAAAAGAAUGCGGAGAGAAGCAACAAAAGGAUUGUAUAGUCCAGAAGAAUGGGUUUCAUCAUCUCCUGUGAAGAAACAGCACCAAACCGUAACUGUUAAAGUAACACCUCAAAAAAACACAGAAUAACCAGAUUUGUUUAAAAGUAACUAUAUAUUUAUGUAAAUGUUGAAGGAAACUUCAGGUUGUUACUAUCUUUAAUACUUUUAUACUGAAUUCUUAUUUGAAGCAACAAUUUACUUAAUUUUGUAUUCUUUUUUAUUCUAAUGUCCUGGAUUUAUUAGACUUCAAUAUGUGGAAGUAUAAAAACACAUUAUUUAUGAAAAGUUUCAAAUUUUGCAAUAAAAUAUUGCAAUACUA